AUGAAGCCUUCAAGUGGUUUAUCCUCUCAAACAACGCAACAACAGGCACCAAGCCACUCUCCGGAACACGUUGACGACAACCCUUCUCGAAGGACUAAAUCCAGGUUGACUUCGGAAAAGGAUCGAGCCAUCAAACAAUCACACAAACUGGCGGUCAAGAGAGAUGAAGUGAAGUCGUUACCUUUCGUCUUUGUGGGGAAUCUGGACAAUAAAGUCACUGAAAAGCAGUUGGAGGAGCUUUUCUCGUCUUGCGGCAAGAUUCAUCGCGUGGUUAUACGUCAAACUGGAGCUUGGACGGCAAAGCCACAGGAACCUACGUUGUAUGCAUGUGUCGAGUUUAGGUGCCCGUCGGCGAAGGUGAAGGCUUUGAAACUGCAUGGACACAUGCUACAGGCGAAUCGUCGGUUGAUCGUUUGUCUACAUGCCACUGAGCUUCCAGAGUUCGAAAGGACAGUGCAAUCCAGUCUCGACUCGUGGGACCUCGAGAAGGCAGAGAGGAUCAAAGCGGAUGCAAGAAGAUUCGUCCGCUAUGAACCUACCGUUCUCGUCGAUGAGCCAGAGGAAUCUUUCCCGUCAUCGAAUACUCGUGGCAAAGCUCUAUCACGUUCAGAACGCAUUCCAGCUAAGAGCAACUGA